AACCAGCAGGCCCGGAUCUGUCUGCUGUACCUUCCACUGCUUGAGCUGCUCUACCAGAACCUCAAGCAGCUGUCUGCCCAGCAGCACACCUCCAGCCCUGGCCUGGGCCUCACUGUGAGUCCCCCUCUAACCUCCAUCCCUGGAGGUCCUGACUUACUCUAGCUAGUCUCAUGACAUAUCAGUCAUAUAUUGACGUUUUGGGGUUUUAACUGAAAAUUAGAAAUUAGUUUUCAGAUUAUUUCCUGAAUUUACAGAAAUGAAAUGGAAUUGACCCCGACCCUAUGGUUGUCCCUUGCUUUUCAGGGUUCCAGAGAUUACUUGAGAUCAACCAGCUCGAUGGACAGCCGCAGGACCAGCAUGGCCAUCGAUAAAGACCACGGUCAGUGGGACAUAUGUGACUGCUCAAUGUGCUAACCACUCAUCACUGUGUGUUUGCCUGUACAGUAGAGCAGGUGAGCAGAUCCAUUAGAACGCCAUCAUUUCCCAUCAAAAUGUUGCUCUGAUGUUUUGGAACCGCCAGGAUCAAUAAAAUAGAUACUUUAUUGUCCAUUUGGUUAGAACAGAAAUUCUCCUUAUGCUUUUUUCCCCAAACCCACACACCACAGGAGGCUGGUGAGGGGAGGACGGGUGGAAUGGAGUAAGUAAACGGAACAGUAUGAAAUACAUGGAAACCAUAUGAUCUCUUGAAACCGUCUGUUUGAUACAAUUCCAUCCAUCCCGUCCUCCCAAAUUAAGGUGCCACACACAUCAAGAGGCACAGGGACAACCACAGUGCAGCGCCUCUGGAUAGAUAUUUUUUCUGUUAAGUGCCUUGCUCAAGGGCACAACGGUAGUGUUAGUAAUGACACCAGAUGCCAGUUCAAUCCCCACUUCUUCUGUGUCGCCUGGCCUGGGACUUGAACCAGCAACCUUUCUAACCAGUCCACCUCUCUAACCUCUGGGCUACCUACUGCUACCUACCGCCCACAAAAUGAAUUUGAGAAGCUUUGUAAACAUGUUUCAUUGUUCUCCCCAGGCCCAGUAGCUCAGAAUGGCCACCUGGUGAGGAGGGAGGACUCCAGAGGAUCUCUGUUCAUGGACCUUGGCACUCCAAACAGCUCUGAGGUAAAAGACAGAGGGAGGGUGGUGGAUUGGUCCAUACAAAUAAAACGGAGACAGUGUGUGCAUCCUAAAUGGCACCCUAUUCCCUAUAUAGUGCACUACUGACCCAUAGGGUAGUGCACUAUAAAUAGACUAGGAUGCCAUUUGGGACACAACUAGAGAGAAUACCAUGGGUCAUGUUCGGUAGGGAACAUUGUAGCAAUAGUCAAAUAUUGAAUAGGAUGUUUCACAUCCUGUUCAAUUUAAAAAGAAACAUGGUUCUUAUACCACUCACUCUGUGGUGAGACAGACAGACAGACAGACAGACAGACAGACAGACAGACAGACGCCUCUUCUCAUCUGUUGUUUUUCCAGUCACAUAUUGACACUUUGUUCUUUCUCCAACACAUGCAGGCCGUUAAAAUGUUAAGUGCCUUGUCGGUUCACAUAGUUAAAAAGACACUAUCCAGUCUCUUGACUCUCUGCCAGUGGUAUAGAAACCACAUGUUGGCUGGAGAUCAGAUGAGGAAAGACAGACAUUUAAUAAGACAAGAGCAGAUGUCAAUCAUCGUGUAAUUGUCUGGGUAUUGUUGCCUGUUGGCAUGCUAGGUGUCUCAGUGUAUGUCUCUCUCCUGUUGUGUCUCUGUCUCUAGACAUCCUGCUGGCCUACUGGAACAAGGUCAACCCUCAGGACAUCAUCAACUUCCUCAGUUUACUGGAGUGA